AACCACUCAUCCUCAAGUUCCUCAGUGAGGGGCAAAAAAGAAACCAAAAUGCCUUCCCCCACCGAAAUCGCACACCAAUUCGACUCAAUUGAGGAUACAAUUGCAGCAUUUAAGAAUGGCGAAUUCAUCAUUGUUCUGGAUUCGCAAGACCGCGAAAACGAAGGCGACCUAAUCAUCGCCGCCGAGUCCAUCACAGCCGCCCAGAUGGCCUUCCUGGUGCGCUAUACGAGCGGUUUAAUAUGCGCCCCGAUCACCCCGGAUCUCGCCACCCGCCUCGCGCUCCCCCAAAUGGUAGCCGAGAACGCCGACCCGAAGUGCACAGCCUACACAGUCACAAUCGACUCGAGCGACGACUCCGUGACAACAGGAAUAUCCGCCGAGGACCGCGCACUGACAUGCCGCACACUCGCCUCGCCCACAGCGCAGAUCGAUUCCUUCCGCCGGCCCGGCCAUAUUAUCCCUCUGCAGGCGCGUCCUGGCGGCGUGCGCGAGCGAACGGGUCACACCGAGGCUGCGGUCGAUUUCUGUAAGCUUGCUGGUAAGGCGCCGGCUGGUGUUAUUGCCGAGCUUGUUGAGGAUGGGGAGAUUGUGGAGGGCAUCGCAGAGAUCGCGGGGAAUAAUGGUAUGAUGCGUCGGGAUGGGUGUUUGCGAUUUGGAAAGAAGUGGGGUAUUAAGGUGUGCACUAUUGAGGAUUUGGUGCUUUAUUUGGAUCGUGUUGAGGGUACUGGUGCUGCGAAUGGGAAGCAUUGA